UGUCGCCCUUUUUUCCUAUCGAUUAUGCGAGGAGGGAACGAGAGUGGAGACGGAGGAGGAGAAAGUGGGGGAUGCCUUCCCCCACCCUUCCCCCUCCCAAAGUCCCUGCUUCAAAUAGGUAGGGGAAGAGGAAUGCUUAUGUGAUGAUAUAUCAUUAGUCCGGUGUAUCACCGAGCUGUAACACUGGGGGUAGGAUAUAACCAUGUGUGUGUGAGAGAAAAGGGCAAAAGAAAGGCUGUCCGGUUCUGAGAACGGAUAAAGUUCUGCAAAUCUCUGUCUCGGCCUCUCUCGCUCACCGUCUCCCAAUCAUUCCCCGAUCUUUCUCGUGCUUCCCAGCACUUUUGUACGGGAGCGUGCUCCCACCGGACCUCUGGCUCUCUCCUCCUCACCGACUCCAAGGUACCGCCCCACUUCCCGAUCUUUAUCUGUCCGCGGAAGAGAUAUUUAUAGAGGAAGUGACGGUGGGCUUGUUUCUUGAUUCAUUGGGCAUAAAUUUGAUCGAUUGUUGCGAGGUCAUUGAAUGGCUUUGAUGGUUGUUGAUGGCGGGUGAGAAGGGAUUUAGGGUUUAUUGAUAUCGGAUAUUGGUGUUCUUUUAUGAUUUUCAGAAUUUAGGGGCCCUGGUAACGGCGAUUCAUUUCUUGGGAGAGAACGGAGGCGUGGAAGAGCUGCAUGCAAUGAUCUGGAGUAGGGACUAGGGUUGGUGGUAUCGGAUGGUUUGAUUCGAUUCGUGGAGGUGGAGGGAGGCUUGGAUAAGGGUGGCUAUUAGUGUGAUCUGUGAGGAAAAUUAGAAUAUCAGAUUUCUUGGUGUGUUUUUGUCGAACUAUAUCCUCUUAUCGCGAUGCUGGUGGGAGAAAUUGAGGACUAAGGGGGAAAAAGCUUUCUUUUAUAGUUUUUUUCCUUCUUCGUUCGAUCUCCCUGGUUGUUCGCGAGUUUUAUGGGGAAUAAGAUAGGUAAGAGAAGGCUAGCGGUGGAUGAGAAGUACACGAGGCCGCAGGGCCUGUACCAGCACAAGGACAUUGAUCACAAGAAGCUCAGGAAGCUCAUUCUUGACUCCAAGCUGGCGCCUUGCUACCCUGGGGACGAGGAAUUCGCCAUGGAUCUCGAGGAGUGUCCCAUCUGCUUUCUGUAUUAUCCGAGCCUCAAUCGUUCGAGGUGUUGCAUGAAAGGCAUAUGCACGGAGUGUUUUCUUCAGAUGAAACCACCUCAUUCUACUCGACCUACACAGUGCCCCUUUUGUAAAACUUCAAACUAUGCUGUCGAAUAUCGGGGGAUGAAAACAAAAGAGGAAAAGGGCAUGGAACAAAUGGAAGAGCAGCGGGUAAUAGAAGCACAAAUAAGGAUGCGGCAGCAAGAACUUCAGGAUGAAGCAGAAAGAAUGAAGAAGAGAAAGGAUGUAAGUUCGUCAAGCAGAAUAAUCACUCCAGCAGAGGUGGAAGAUCAGGAUACAUGUAGUACCUCACUUUCAGGCAAUGAGUCUGUUUCAUCUCUACCCUCAUGUUCUGCACCAGAAAGCAGAAGGCCUUCACACUCGAGGCAGAAUCGGGAUGGCAAUUUUGACCUGGAUCUUGAGGACAUCAUGGUUAUGGAAGCAAUUUGGCUUUCUAUUCAGGAGCAAGGAGUUCCAGGAAAUCCAACUUGUGAUGGCAAUGUUUUGCCUGAACCAUCCAUAGAAGAAUGCUCCAACUCCCUUUCUGUAGCUCCAAUGGAAGUAUCUCCUGGUGGGCUGGCCUGUGCGGUUGCAUCCCUAGCUGAGCAUCAGCACAUGAAUGGAGACUCUGCUGUCAGCAUGGCUAGCGGUGGUCCUUCGUCUUUUGACAUGCUUCAACAGUCAAGCAGCUUGCCUGUUGGCAUGGCAAGGGUAGUAGGGAAAAAUCCUCCAGGGUUCUGGAAUGAGGUUUCACCAGACAGUGGGAGAGACGUGCCAAGGGAGGAGGGUGAGUGUUCAACCGAUCAUUGGUCCGAGGUGGCAGAGGCAGGGACGAGCUAUGCCGGCUCUGAUGUCAUGGUAGAUGCUGGAGCUGCUGCAGUAUCAUUCCCAGAAGGUGUUAACAUGGCUGCAAACCACCUUCUUCCAGAGAGCUUUGAAGAGCAAAUGAUGUUGGCGAUGGCUGUUUCGCUUGCGGAGGCUCGAGCAAGGACAAAUGCCCAAGGGCUGACCUGGCUGUGAUGAUUGAUGGCUUGGUUGCAAGAAUCUGUAUCUGUUUGGUUCCUAUUGUUCUUCUUUUUUCCCUUCUUCCAUCUAUAGUUGUUGCUUCUAUGGUUCUUUUAUUGUAGGUUGGUUGCUUAUAUGCAUACGUCAAAAGGAAAAGAAGAAAGAAAAUAUCGAUGUGACAUUUGUAUGGAUGGUAGGAAAGAAAGCAGAUAUAGAUAAAAGAAUAAUAGAAUGUGCAAUAAUUUGAUCUUUUCUUUGAUCU